GCGGACUGACCGGGAACCUCAUGGCAUUUCAGGGGUCGGUGACCUUCGAGGACGUGGCGAUGACCUUCACCCGCGAAGAGUGGCGGCUUCUGGCCCCGGCCCAGCGCGGCCUCUAUCGGGACACGAUGCUGGAAAACCAUCGGAACGUCGCGGAGCUGGGCAAGCACUCGGGAGCUUCGGGAUUUCCCACGGCCAAGCCCGAGGUGAUCCGUCGGCUGGAGCGAGGGGAAGACCCCUGGGGCCAGGACCUGCUGGAAACUGAGGCACGAGAGACCCCGGGAGAUCCCCAUACAGAUGGCAGGACCCAAACCGAGCCGGAGUCGGUUCCGCCAAAGCAAGAAGUAAGCGAAGAAGUGGAAUUACAAAGGGGGUCCUUCGAAGGACGCCAACAGGGCGUUUGGAUCGGCCCCGUGGACGGAAUAGCAUCCGUGUAUGCGGGUGGGAUACGGAAGCCAAGCAGGAAAUCUACCAGAGGAAGGCCAAGGAGGUGCCCCGUCCAAGAAAGGGAUUAUCGAAGCGUCCAAAACGUCCCCGAGAAAAUAUCCUCAAAGGAAAGGUCUAACGAACGUGGGGGGACCGUCAGACUGAGUUCUUGCCUUAUUGGACGCCCGAGAAUUCAUACCGGAGAGCAGGACUGUGGGAAAGCAUUCACCGUCGCCUCAUCCUUAAUUAAACAUCAGCAAAUCCACACCGGAGGGAAUCCCGACGUUUGUAACGAAUGCGGAGAAGCCUUCAGUGUCUGCUCAUCCUUAAUUAAACAUCAGAGAAUCCACACUGGAGGGAAUCCCUACGUUUGUAACGAAUGCGGAGAAGCCUUCAGUGUCUGCUCAUCCUUAAUUAAACAUCAGAGAAUCCAUACCAGAGGGAAUCCCUACGUUUGUAACGAAUGCGGAGAAGCCUUCAGUGUCUGCUCAUCCUUAAUUAAACAUCAGAGAAUCCAUACCGGAGGGAAUCCCUACGUUUGUAACGAAUGCGGAGAAGCCUUCAGUGUCUGCUCAUCCUUAAUUAAACAUCAGAGAAUCCACACCGGAGGGAAUCCCUACGUUUGUAACGAAUGCGGAGAAGCCUUCAGUGUCUGCUCAUCCUUAAUUAAACAUCAGCGAAUUCACACCGGAGAGAAUCCCUACGUUUGUAACGAAUGCGGAGAAGCCUUCAGUGUCUGCUCAUCCUUAAUUAAACAUCAGCGAAUCCACACCGGAGGGAAUCCCGACGUUUGUAACGAAUGCGGAGAAGCCUUCAGUGUCUGCUCAUCCUUAAUUAAACAUCAGCAAAUUCACACCGGUGGGAAUCCCUAUGUUUGUAACGAAUGCGGAGAAGCCUUCAGUGUCUGCUCAUCCUUAAUUAAACAUCAGAGAAUCCACACCGGCGGGAAUCCCUACGUUUGUAACGAAUGCGGAGAAGCCUUCAGUGUCUGCUCAUCCUUAAUUAAACAUCAGCAAAUUCACACCGGUGGGAAUCCCUAUGUUUGUAACGAAUGCGGAGAAGCCUUCAGUGUCUGCUCAUCCUUAAUUAAACAUCAGAGAAUCCACACCGGCGGGAAUCCCUACGUUUGUAACGAAUGCGGAGAAGCCUUCAGUGUCUGCUCGUCCUUAAUUAAACAUCAGCGAAUUCACACCAGAGAGAAUCGCUACGUUUGUAACGAAUGCGGAGAAGCCUUCAGUGUCUGCUCGUCCUUAAUUAAACAUCAGCAAAUUCACACCGGAGAGAAUCCCUACGUUUGUAACGAAUGCGGAGAAGCCUUCAGUGUCUGCUCAUCCUUAAUUAAACAUCAGCGAAUCCACACCGGAGGGAAUCCCUAUGUUUGUAACGAAUGCGGAGAAGCCUUCAGUGUCUGCUCAUCCUUAAUUAAACAUCAGCAAAUUCACACCGGUGGGAAUCCCUACGUUUGUAACAAAUGCGGAGAAGCCUUCAGUGUCUGCUCAUCCUUAAUUAAACAUCAGCAAAUUCACACCGGAGAGAAUCCCUACGUUUGUAACGAAUGCGGAGAAGCCUUCGGUGUCUGCUCAUCCUUAAUUAAACAUCAGCAAAUUCACACCGGUGGGAAUCCCUACGUUUGUAACGAAUGCGGAGAAGCCUUCAGUGUCUGCUCAUCCUUAAUUAAACAUCAGAGAAUCCACACCGGAGGGAAUCCCUACGUUUGUAACGAAUGCAGAGAAGCCUUCAGUGUCUGCUCAUCCUUAAUUAAACAUCGGAGAAUCCAUACCGGAGAGAAUCCCGACGUUUGUAGCGAAUGCGGAGAAGCCUUCAGUGUCUGCUCAUCCUUAAUUAAACAUCAGCGAAUUCACACCGGAGAGAAUCCCUACGUUUGUAACGAAUGCGGAGAAGCCUUCGGUGUCUGCUCAUCCUUAAUUAAACAUCAGCAAAUCCACACCGGAGGGAAUCCCGACGUUUGUAACGAAUGCGGAGAAGCCUUCAGUGUCUGCUCAUCCUUAAUUAAACAUCAGAGAAUCCACACCGGAGGGAAUCCCUACGUUUGUAACGAAUGCGGAGAAGCCUUCAGUGUCUGCUCAUCCUUAAUUAAACAUCAGAGAAUCCAUACCAGAGGGAAUCCCUACGUUUGUAACGAAUGCGGAGAAGCCUUCAGUGUCUGCUCAUCCUUAAUUAAACAUCAGAGAAUCCAUACCGGAGGGAAUCCCUACGUUUGUAACGAAUGCGGAGAAGCCUUCAGUGUCUGCUCGUCCUUAAUUAAACAUCAGCAAAUUCACACCGGAGAGAAUCUGUACAUUUGCAACGAAUGCGGGAAAACCUUCAGUCUCUACUCUUCCCUAAUUAAGCAUCAGAGAAUUCACAGCAGAGAGAAUCCGCACAGAUGUGAUGAGUGCGGGAAAGCCUUUAAUCAGCACUCCAAUCUGACCCGUCAUCAGCGGAUUCAUUCUGGAGAGAAACCCUUCAGAUGCGACGAGUGCGGGAAGGAUUUCAAUCAGCACGCUCACCUUUUGCGUCACCAGAAAAUCCAUUCUGCGGCGAAGUCCUGCAGGUGUAACCAGUGCGGGAAAGCCGUAAUUCCCCAGCCCCGUCAGGGAAUUCCCGCUGGCGGGAAACCCUACAAAUGCAGGGAGUGUAGGAGAGACUUCAAUCAACACGCAACCCUCGUCGCGUGACAGAGAAUCGGAAUUAGAGAGGAGACCCUACAGAUGUAAUGAAUGCGGGAAAUACUUAAAUCGCUACGCAGUUCGUUUGGGACCCCACGGAGUGGGUGGCGGGGGUACUGAGGAACGUUUCUAGGAAGGAGGGGUGCAGAAUCAGAGGUUUAAUUACCAAUGAGAGAAAUCGGAUUUGUUGUUGUUUCAGGUUAAAUAUUUGACCCC